UGCCAUUUGAAGAGCGGUAAACGAAUUUGAAAAAAUCCAAAUAACGCACAAACUGUCAGAGCGCAGAAGACACAACUGAAUCAUAAACCUGCGGACAAAUUUGAAUAUUCGUGAAAAAACAGGAAAACUUACGUCGCCAAGUAGUCUAUCUAUUCUAAAGUCAGCCAAAAAUCAAACCCAAAAUAUAACUACCAACCUUCAAAAUGUCGAGCACAUCCCAGAAGCAUAGAAAUUUCGUUGCCGAGCCCAUGGGGAACAAACCGGUCACAGAUCUGGCUGGAGUGGGCGAUGUACUAGGAAAACGAUUGGACGCCGCCGGAUUCGACAAGGCUUAUACGGUUUUGGGUCAAUACUUGCUGCUGAAAAAGGAUGCCGAGCUGUUCAAGGAAUGGAUGAAGGAUACCUGUGGCGCUAACUCCAAACAGGCGGCCGAUUGCUAUCAAUGCUUGAACGAUUGGUGCGAAGAAUUUUUGUAGACCAAAGCGCAACUUACAGCCGGCUUAUCUUAUUUUAAGCGGAUAUUGUCUACACCCAUAAACUAUCGAUGCUUAGGUUAAUACUCUCUGCUAAGCUUUUAAUUCAACUUGACCAAACUAUCAUUCUCAUUUUUUUUAUUCCAAACCUUGUAGAAAAUAUAACAAUUAUUAAAAACAACCAUCAGUAAUGUAGGAUGAUGUCUAUGUAUAAAAACUGUAUGUGUCGGAAAUAUAUCUGUUGCUUAUUUGACAAAA